CGGGCCUGAGCUCCAACCGGAUCCCGGCCCGCAGAGGCAGUUCGAGAGGGGUGGGCCGGCUCCACCCCCGGGCCCGCGGUCCGCCCGCCGCGCGCCCGCGCCUCCCAGUUCCCGGAGCCGGGUGGGGGCUCGAGGCGGCGCCUGCUCGGCUGGGCUCCGCGCUGGGUGGCCGCAGAGCGGCAGAGAACACGGCGGACGGCAGCCUGGGCCCGCCGAACCAUGGCGGCCCCGGAGCCAGCGCCGAGGAGAAGCCGAGAGCGGGAGCGGGAGGACGAGAGCGAGGACGAGAGCGACAUCCUGGAAGAGAGCCCAUGCGGCCGCUGGCAGAAGCGGCGGGAGCAGGUGAACCAAGGGAAUAUGCCUGGCAUCCAGAGCACCUUUCUGGCCAUGGACACGGAGGAAGGGGUAGAAGUAGUGUGGAAUGAGCUGCACUUUGGCGACAGGAAGGCCUUCGCAGCCCAUGAGGAGAAGAUCCAAACUAUGUUUGAGCAGCUGGCACUAGUGGACCACCCCAACAUCGUCAAGCUGCACAAGUACUGGUUGGAUGCCUCCGAGGCCCAAGCAAGGGUGGUCUUCAUCACAGAGUACGUGUCAUCAGGUAGCCUCAAGCAAUUCCUGAAAAAGACCAAGAAGAACCACAAGGCCAUGAGCACCCGGGCCUGGAAGCGCUGGUGCACGCAGAUCCUGUCUGCGCUCAGCUUUCUGCACGCCUGCAGCCCCCCCAUCAUCCAUGGGAACUUGACCAGUGACACCAUCUUCAUUCAGCACAAUGGCCUCAUCAAGAUUGGCUCUGUGUGGUACCGCAUCUUCUCCAAUGAGCUCCCAGAUGAUCUCCGGAGCCCCAUCCGUACUGAGCGCCAGGAACUGCGGAACCUGCACUUCUUCCCACCAGAGUAUGGCGAGGUCGCAGAUGGUACUGCAGUGGACAUCUUCUCCUUUGGGAUGUGUGCGCUGGAGAUGGCUGUGCUGGAGAUCCAGGCUAAUGGAGACACCCGAGUCACAGAAGAGGCCAUUGCUCAAGCCAGGCACUCACUGAGCGACCCCAACAUGCGGGAGUUCAUCCUUUCCUGCCUGGCCCGGGACCCUGCCCACCGGCCUUCUGCCCACAACCUCCUCUUCCACCGUGUGCUCUUCGAGGUGCACUCACUGAAGCUAUUGGCAGCCCACUGCUUCAUCCAGCACCAGUACCUCAUGCCUGAGAAUGUAGUGGAGGAAAAGACCAAGGCAAUGGACUUGCAUGCAGUCUUGGCAGAGAUCCCCCGGCUCCACCAGCCCAUGAUGCAGUGGCGGUAUUCAGAGGUUUCCUUCUUGGAGCUGGACAAAUUCCUGGAAGAUGUCAGAAAUGGGAUCUACCCACUGAUGAAUUUUGCUGCCGCUCGGCCCCUGGGGCUUCCUCGUGUGUUGGCCCCACCUCCUGAAGAGACCCAGAAGGCCAAGACCCCAACACCAGAACCCUUUGACUUGGAGACCAGAAAGGUAGUCCAGAUGCAGUGCAACCUGGAGAGGGGCGAAGACAAGGCACGCUGGCAUCUCACUCUGCUUCUGGUGCUGGAGGACCGACUGCAUCGGCAACUGACCUAUGACCUGCUACCAACCGACAGUGCCCAGGACCUUGCAGCUGAACUUGUACACUAUGGCUUCCUGCAUGAGGAUGACCGCACAAAGCUGGCUGCCUUCUUGGAAACCACCUUCCUCAAGUACCGAGGGACCCAGUCCUGACCUGCCCAACCCUGGAGGCCCAGCCCAGGUGCUGCUGGCUCAGGCUGAGCCAUGGAGAGAAGAGUCCAGCACAGCUGGAGCUGUCCUCACCAGCGUGCCUGACCGCUAAUGAACACCAGCCUGCUAGUGAGGACCCCCGACCUUCUCCAGCAGUGUGGGGCCCUGGCGUGGUAGUGGGGCCCAUCAGGGGCCAGGAGCCUGGGUGGGAUGGAAGGUAGGGGUUAACCCUGAAACCUCUGCCAGGGGAAUGGUUCCAUGUGGUCAGGGAGAGCAGCCACCCCUGGUUGGUACCACAAUCAGGCCAGGAACCUGGACCUCAAACUGUGAUGGAGCCCUGCUGGUGUCAGACACAGCACAGGGCACCAGAGAGGGCCAGAUCCAGCCAGAGAAACAGAAGUAGAGGGCCUGGAAUUGAGGUCAUGGUCCGCAAAGCCUCAGUCCCAUGCGGAACCACCCUGGAGCACCCUCCCCCCACCUUCCACUUGCUCUGAGAGCAGGACCUGUGCCCUCCCUCUUAGCCCCUCCAAGGGGCUAUUUGUCUUCGAUGUUUCCUAGCUGGGAGAGGUCAGAGGUCAGGUAUCUGCCACACCUCCAUCAUGGAACAGCUCCUGCUGGGGUCCUGAGGAUGUGCAUUCCUGUCUCUCUAUCUCUCCCACUCACCUACUCUUCCAAUCUUAGACAUACCCCGGUGGAUUCUACACACACACCCCUCAAAUCCCCUGCCCUGGCCUCUUAGUUCCUGGGCUAUUUAACAGUCUUGAACAUUUUAAAUUGUAUAUAUAAAGGUAAUACAUCAGGUUUCUUAUUAAGCAUUUCAAGUGUCAAAAUAGGAAGGCUCUCCAAUGUAUUAGUUCCGCUAAAAUUUAUCACAAAUUUGGUGCCUCAAAAUCCAAAUUUAUUCUAAUUUGUCACAAUAGGUCAGAAGUCUGAUAUGGGACUAAAAUCAAGCGGUUGGCAGGCUUCAUUUCUUCUUGGGGGCUUUCGGGGAGAACCCACUUUCCACUCAUUUGGGCUACUGGCAAGAUUUAUUCACUUCCUCAUAGUGCUAUGGCUGCAGUCCCCAUUUUCUUGCUGGCUGUCAACUGAGGACCACUCUCAGCUUCUAGAGGCUGCCUGCAUUCCUUGGCUCUCUCUCCACCUUCAAGGCCAGCAGCAGCAGGCCAAGUCUUUGUCUUAAAUCAGCUGAUUGUCUGCUGCCAGAAAAGUUCUGCAUAGAGUACUCCUGUGAUUAGGGUGGGUCCACCCAGAUAAUCCAGAAUGAUUGCCUCAAAAUCUAAGAUUAAGCACAUCUGCAAUGAUUAGGGUGGGUCCACCCAGAUAAUCCAGGAUGAUUGCCUCAAAAUCUAAGAUUAAGCACAUCUGCAAUGAUUAGGGUGGGUCCACCCAGAUAAUCCAGGAUGACUGCCUCAAAAUCUGAGAUUAAGCACAUCUGCAAAGUACCUUGUGCCAUGUAAACUAACAUUCACUGGCUCCUGUGGUUAGAGAAAGGAAAUCUUGAGGGUAGUGAGAUUUUGCCUAGACUAUCACCCUAACCAAAAGCCAAAAACCAAAACGAAACUGCCAAGGCAUAUCAAAUAAAUGAACAAUUACAGUGAAUCUCAAGUUAUCUUAAACAUUCCAAUACUAUUUACAACGUUUUCUAGAAUUUCAUACCUUUCAACUUAAAGUGCAGAUUUCAAAUAACUUACACAGUCUAGGAGGGAAUCCUGCUGUUAAGCUGUCUGAUUGUGCAUGGUCAUGUUGAGUGGCAAAUACAUAACAGAUUGUACCAGUGAUUAAACUGAACUUAAAAGCAUCAA